CACAUGCUUGCUGCACAUGCUGCGUUAACGAGACAGCAAUAGCAGCCCAGCAUGUCGUUUGGAACCAUCUACACCCACAAUCCCAACCCCCGAACAUUCGCCAUUUUGGCCGUGGCGAAAGCCCAAGGCCUCAAGUUGGACAUUGUCUACGCAGACAAAAAGAGUAACCCGGAGAACUAUGAGAAGCUUCUCCAGAUCAACCCACUCGGCCAAGUGCCUGUCUUCGUAGGCGCAGAUGGCUCCGUGCUAACCGAGUGCAUUGCCAUCGCACUCUACAUCACAUCACAGAGCGACACCACGACCCUCCUCGGCGCCAACAGACGCGACUACUACAACAUCAUCAAGUGGAUGUCCCUGGCCAACUCGGACCUGCUGCCGGCCAUCGGGGGCGUCAUCCUCCCGCUCAUCGGCCGACCGUUGGACGUGCGCAAGGACACGCAGGAUUGUCUGCGUGCCUUCUACAAGGACUGCCGGCUGAUGGAGAACCACCUGCAGAAGAGCAGGUAUCUGGUUGGGGACCAGUUGACGUUGGCGGACCUGUUUACCGUGGGCAUGCUGGUCUUUGCCUUCAUGGUGUUCCACAAGGUGUUGCAUGUCGAGUAUCCGAGGCUGACGGAGUGGUUCAACGAGGUGUAUGAGAUGCCCAUGUUUAAGGAUGUUGCGGGGGAUUUGCACUUGUUGGACGUGCCUUUUCCGGCACUGCAAGAGGAUAAUUAAAGUAGCAUGAAUGUAGCCUCUCAAACCUUUGAC